AUGUUGUUUAUGUCAGUACUAAUCAGUGCUCACAAUGGUUCAGAUGGUCAAGGCGGUCAAAAUGGUCAAGGCGGUCAUAAUGAUCAAGGCGGUCAAAAUGGUCAAGACGGUCAUAAUGGUCAAGGCGGUCAAAAUGGUCGAGAUGAUGACCAUGGUCGAGGUAAUGAUCAUAGAAAUAAUCGAUGUGGUGAUCUCGCAGGUGUCACCUUUCAAAUUAGAAUAAACUAUGGUAGUUUCUCAGCCUACGAAGUAGUGCAAUUUCACGCGGACCACACAACUACUUCAAUUGACAAUACACAAAAUGGUUUCAGUCCACAAGCAGGAGUCGAGCCUCAACCAUUUAGUGCUCAACUUGGAGAAUGGAAAUGUGUUGGAAGAAAUCGAGUUGAAGCUCGCACUGCUAAUUAUAAUUUUCAAGUUACUGGCAGCUCUACUCCAAGUACAGUAGUCAUUAAUAUUCUGAUUUUGAAUUUCAUUGGCAAUUCUGAUUUUGUCAGUGGAACAAUCAGAUUCGACUAUUUUGCACUUAACAGCUUCAUCAAUAAAGCGAAUCCACGACCAUUGCCUGGUCAAUCAUUUGGACCAUUCCCAACAAUUCGAUCACAUUGUACUGUAAUUAUACAUAUUGAUCUGGAUAAUGUUGUCUUGGAUAUCAAAGAUGAUCAUUGUCAUUCAUCUGAAACAGAAGAAAUACUUAUUCGAACAUUCGUACAAGCUGUACAAACACAUGCUAUAAAUGAAUGUACACCUAUCCCGCAAAUCUGUGAUGAAGAAGCAGGAAGAAAAGAUCUAUCAACAUUAUCAAUUGCUGUUUAA